AGCAAGAAAAAUUGUAAACUAGAGUAGGAGCAGUUGAACUAAAAUUUUCGAGGACAACUACCCCCCAACCUUCUCAACGCCAACACCCCACCAUUCUCAUUCCUCCUCCCCAACCCAUGGCCACUGAAGACUUCAGUUUUCCGAUUGUCUCCGACGCCUUCCCUCGCUUUAUCGACUCGCCCCCUCUCUGGCACGCUUCUUCCGCAACCCUUUGCCAUGAAGGACCAACCACCAGCAACACAAGUGGGCAACAAGAAGAUGAUGAAGAAGGUGGUUGUUUUGCAUCAACAUCAAAGCCAGUCGAUCACCCCCGACGGAAGAGCUUUUCGUGUGUAGAGAGAGGCGGGAGGAUGGCGGGUGGAGGGGAUGAGAUUGAGGACGAUGAGGAGGAUAGGAUGGACAUGUUGUGGGAGGACUUCAAUGAAGAACUGCAUAACAGGUGUGGUCCGAGGUCGGGUUCUGAGGAGAUGGUGAAAGUGGGGUGCGUUCAGGGGGUGGCGGCACCGAGAACUGGCGGCGCAGUGGUGGCUGCUAGGAGGGCUGCAAGUUUGCUGGUGCUUGUGAAGAUGUUGAGGAAGCUCUUCCAGCUCCAUAAUUCUCAUUCUACCCGUAAGGCCCAUGCUUUGUGACUACAGUAAUUCUUCCCCCACACCCACACCCACACCCACACCCACCCCCCAUUUUCUCUCUCUCUCUCUUUUUCUUUUUCUUUAAUUAAUUUAUUUAUAUAUUAUUUUUUAUACUAGUAAUUUCGAACAAACUCUCCUAUUGAAAUCUUUAUGGAUUUAAAUUUGAUUAAUUUCUCCCAUAUUUUGUCAAAUUUGGGCUGACUCCAGCCAUGCAAGAAUGCUCUUGCAAUUUCACCGUGAUGUUUUAAAUCAUAAAUUUUGUAUAAAAAAUGAUUUUCUUUUGAUUUCAUCCAUUAGCUUCAAUUGUAUUUUAUUUUAAUUUUGUACAAAAUUAUGAAUAUCAAGCAAUUUGAUUGGAAUUGGAGUGACAUAGGAUUAUAUUUUUUAGUUUUUUUUGUAAAUAUUAGCAGGGAAGUUGCUAUUAUUUUUAAUUUCCCUUUGUUAGUUUGAUAUCAUCCAAUAUGUAACUAUGUAAAAAUUUAUGUGUAUAGGAUAUGUUAUCACGAUGUAAAUAACGAUGUACAUGAAUGAAAUUUUUUGCAAGUAGGUA